UCCGUAUAAUAAGAGUACAUCAAACCAUCACUUCAUUGGAUCCCAAGAUAUGGCGCAACCGUUGACACCGAAGAGGACAUCACAUGUGAUCACGAAUAACACCCGCGAAGACAAUACACAACAGGCGAAGAAUUACCCGAAGAACUCAAUGGACAGAUUCGGUGAUGAGUUGUCACAAGUAUUGUUGUCUUAUCUGUCAUUCGACGACCGAUUCCGUUACGAAUGUGUGUCCAAACGGUUCCGGAAGACUGUCUUCAAGAGUGUGGUCGACAUCGAUAUCAACGACCGAUUCAUUAAUUUAUUGACAUUUAAUGUGAAGACAAUUGACACCAAAAUAUUGGCCACAAUUGCCAUAAAGUGUGCAAACAUUGAGACCAUUGACUGUCGAGGAAUACGCAACAGAUAUGGAAGCGUUUCAACAGUUUUGCACACAUUUCGACACAAAUGUCUUCAUUUGCGGCAAAUUUACUGCAAUUUAUGGCGAAAUAGCGACCAAUGGAUCCGCUCUUUGGGACCACUCGUCACACGAAUCGGCGAUAUUUACGGCUGCGUUGAGUGCCUAUCACUCAAUCAUUGCCACCGAUUGUCACAAUUGAGGGCCUAUUCUUUGGAUCAAGUCUUUGACAUCUCUUCGGGAAAACUAAUGGCAAAGAAUUUGCAGAAAUUUGAGUUAAAUUUCUAUUCAAACAAUUCAGACGAACACCGAUUGUCAGCAUUCGUGGCACAGAAUCGGUGCCUCAAAAGUGUUGCGUUUGUGACCAAUAGAUCCAUUUCUCCAGAGAUUUUGACGGAAGUGUCGGAACAGUUGUCGCGUUUAACACAAUUACGGGAAUUGCGGCUCAAGUGGUGGACAUCCGGCGAUCAGAUCUCUUUCGGUGACAUUUUGAUGACAAUUGGCGUGAAUUGCAAACAAUUGAAACGAUUGUCAAUUGAUUUCUGCUCCAGAAGUAAGGAAUUCAAUCUCAAGACAUUGGAUUCGUUGCGAUAUUACCGGCGAUUAAAACGAUUGCAUUUAACACUUUAUGUGACCGUCGAUGAGAUAUCGUUGGAUCCGUUGAGACACUGCCGACGGUUAACGCAUUUAGACAUCGAUUUUGUCGAAAUGAACGCAAAAGUGUUUGCAAUGAUUCGCAAGAAUUGUCCACAACUUCAGUGUCUAUGCGUUCAUAACGUGAAGAGCUUUAUAACCGCCACGAGUUUGGAUCUCAUCUCAAGACUACCGGCGCUUCAAAUGCUUGUCAUUGAAUACAAAUUCAAGCGAUGGACAGAUCUUAGAGAUAAUGUGUUCCCGAAGUUGUUGUCGAGAAGUACUCAACUGAAGAACAUUGAAAUCAUUGUUGUGCUCAUUGCCGGUGACCGACAGGGGCUUAACGGCCCGCAGUUCGGACACGUGCUCAAACAUAUAGGUGCCCUGCGCUUUAUCGGCCAGAGUAUUGACAAACAUCUCGAUGUCUUUGACGUGAAUCUGUUCAUUGAAUACGUGGGGGAAAUCGAGGGGUGGAAGUUCUGGCAUACAUUGCACUGUAAAGAUUGGUUAGAAAAUCCAAUGCAUACAUUGCAAGUGAUUGCGGAGGAAAAUCCCAUUGACUACGGAGAACAGGCCAACACCGAUGCCGUCCAACUUAGAGUAUAUAACCUCGUGUUACCCAUCGGUACUAUAAUGGAUGCGGCAGAGAAACGGUACAAAAAACAGGGCCUGACUGUACCCAUCAAAUUGUAUGAUGACGUUAAGGAGUUUGCGAUGGGAACUAUUCCCUGGAUUUUUGAACAGUUUAAAGCCGUAACCAAUGAGAGUGUUAGAGAGCGAGUGACCGCUCAAUUUGUUGGUGAAGUUCACGGAUUUAAUUACCUGAGCAAACGGUUGGACAAAAUCCGUUUGAGCACACCGUUGAAUAUAACAGGGUCGUCCGAGAACCUGCUUGGUAGAAUUAAAGCGCUGGAAGGUUUUAUGCAUUUUUCAUUGGACGAUGAGAUUCAAAAUGCUAGCCAUCCAGUUUGGACCGCAUUUCAUGCCAGGGCCAUUGAUAAAAUACCAUUUGAAGAGGCUAAACAGGCCAACCUUCAAGUCCUGAUCCAGGAUCUCUCACACGCCGUGAUCCCACCUUUA